AUGGUGGCGGCAGACAAAUUGGCACAGUGCCCCCCUAUCCGUUACUGGAGGAAGAAUGAUAAUGAGGCAGCUGCAGACCGAGUGAGGACGGCCGGGCUGGAGACCUCAGCACGAGUCUCAGGCUUGAGGCCUAGCACCUUGUACCACGUGGCGGUGCUGGCCUACAACAGUGCAGGGACUGGGCCCCCCAGUCCCACCACCACCACUGCCACCAAGAAACCACCUCCCAGCCAGGAGCCUGGCAAUGUUUCGUGGAGGUCUGAUGGAUCGUGGGUAACGGUGGUCUGGGAUCCUGUCAAGGCACUGAAGAAUGAGUCAGCCGUGAUGGGAUACAAGAUCCUGUACAAGCAGGAGGGUCAGGCAGUGCUGAAGGUCCUGGGUAAGGGGAAGACCUCCAUCCAGCUGCCCCUACCCCGAGACAACGGCUAUGCUGUGCUGGAGAUCCGAGCCUGGGGGGAAGGGGGUGACGGAGCCCCAAAAGAGGUCAUUGUCUCACGGGACUCAGGCACCGGCAUGAUGGUUCAGAACUCAGCAACAGAACAAACCCCUCUGCACACCGUCUUCAUCACCACCCUAGUAAUGCUCGCUCUCAUUGGAUUAUUGGAGCACUGACUCCAGCCUGAAUGAAACUCCUUGGUCGGACACACUUUUCUGACUUUUCAUAACAGGAUGAAUAUUUUUGUUGUUGUUUUUUUUUUCCUUUCUUUUAGAAGAUUUCAUAGUACUCUGAAGGCUGUUUUUGAGGCACCUAAUGACUUAUCAGGGUCUUCAGAAGGACUGACAAAUGUGAUUUAAACAAUCAUUUUGAUAGAAAUCUGC